GCGACCAGCCCGUUGAAAACAAGCUGGCUGUGACUGGUCGAUGGGCCGUGAUGGAGGGUGGUGUAUGGGUGCCAGGCAAGCCGAUCCUCCCUCUCCUCCGUACCAAGGUUGUUGGAACACCAUAAGUAUCAACGCCUCUGCCGUUUUCUCCAGCAUUUCCCCGUCUUGCCGACUCCCGCUCACGCGCCGCGACUUGACAAUUCCCCCACCGUGCCUGGUCGGCUUGGUGUCUGUGGCCGAACCUUCAUCACCCAUCCGAACAGCCGUCGCCGCCAUUUAGAGUUUUGGCUGUCGACUUACACCAGCGCCGCAGAAGUCUCUCUGACCCAUCAGACAACUGUCAUCACAUCCAUCCUUGGUCUUUAAAACCUCGCGUCGCCCGCAUCCUCGCAGCAACCUCCUCCUCCUCCUGAUCUCUCGUCCUCGUAUUGCCAGCGUCGUGCGGUUGUUCGAGCUUCCGCGCGCGCGCGCCUUCUUCAGACGGCAGGACACCAACUCGGCGUGGCAACUACGACCGUGUGACCCCGCAGCGCAACUGCCUCGGGGGUGUACUCGACCCCGCUCACAAGAUCCCGAACCCUCUUGCCAGAUCCCGAACCCCGUCCGUCGACUCUGUCGCUCGUCCAUAGUCGCCAGCAAUUCCUUCAACGACUUCUUCGCGUUUACAAGCCCGACAAAUCUGUCGUCAUUGUGUGGUCGCUGUUUUUGCUUCCUUAGACGUCCAGCGAAAACCAGCGCCGUACGCGUUCGUGAGCAGACACGGAUCAAAUCUAAACCAGCCGCUGGAACCCGCGUGAACCGCAAGCCACGAUGACCGGCAGUCUCAAACAAGCCGCUGAAUCGGCUCGGAACAAGACCACCGAAGUCAUGAAUGCCGCAAAGGGGGAUGGCGUCGCCGUCGCCAAUGAUGUUCUACACACACCAUUUAUGAGAGCCGCGCUGCCGUUCAUCAAUGGUGGCAUCAGUGGCAUGGUGGCUACCACGGUAAUCCAACCCGUUGACAUGGUCAAAGUGCGCAUUCAACUUGCGGGCGAGGGAACGUCUACGGGUCCGAAACCCACACCUCUGUCCGUCACUCGCCAAAUCAUCUCGAGCGGCAAGGUCCUGGAUUUGUACACGGGACUGUCUGCUGGCCUGCUCCGCCAGGCUGUAUAUACCACGGCCCGCUUGGGUCUCUUCGACACCAUCAUGGGCCGAUUGACGGCGAGGGCGAAAGCCCAGGACAGGAGCAUUGGCUUCCGUGAGCGCGCGACAGCGGGCCUUACCGCUGGCGGCAUCGCCGCCAUGAUCGGGAACCCAGCUGACCUCGCCCUCAUCCGUAUGCAAAGCGACGGACUGAAGCCACUAGCUGAGCGAAAGAACUACAAGUCCGUCAUAGACGCACUUGGAUCGAUCGCCAAAAGCGAAGGUGUGGGUGCGCUCUGGUCCGGCGCGGCGCCGACCGUUGUGCGUGCCAUGGCACUCAAUUUUGGCCAGCUUGCCUUCUUCAGUGAGGCCAAGGUGCAACUUAAACAGAAGACGGACUUGUCCGCUCGCUCGCAGACCCUGACUGCAAGCGCGAUAGCUGGCUUCUUUGCCAGCUUCUUCAGCUUGCCUUUCGACUUUGUCAAAACUCGCCUUCAGAAGCAGCAGAAAGGACCCGACGGAAAGCUACCUUACAAGGGCAUGGCUGACUGCUUCGCCAAAGUCGCCAAGCAAGAAGGGAUUCUGCGGUUCUAUCGUGGCUUCAGUACAUACUAUGUUCGAAUUGCUCCGCAUGCGAUGGUGACACUGAUUGUCGCUGAUUACUUGGGCUGGUUGACCAAAUAAGCGAUGGGCGCUGUGCUCACAUUGUCAUGGCGUUAUUCAGCCGGUAAUUCUGAAUGGCCGGUGUCAGGAUUGAACGCGGUAUACCAACAGUGCUGCCUGUCUGGGGAAUUUCAAUCAAAUUCGUUUCCUUUGUCUGCGUAAUUCACGUGGAGACAGUGUCAAUUGAGAUAGAAGUACCCUCGUCGAGUGCGUUUGAUAUCACAUCCGAUCGUUGCGGGAUGACUCUCUCAGAGUGAGUAGAGAGAUGAGACGGGAAAAGAGAUUUGCACACAAGAGUGGGUUGGUGGGGGCCGUGGACUGACCGUCCCCCACGCCGACGCGCCAGGCUCCGUUUGACGAAUUCGAAUAAAUGAUGGAUAUAGCAUACGACGGGUGUAAUCAAUGCGCAGCCCGAUGGUCUUUGCCUGAAUCGAUCACUAUGCAUCGAACGCCGAUUACGAAGGAAGAAGUCGGCAAGAGUCAAGCGAGGGCGAUCAACGGCAUGUCCCAAUUGCGACCUGCCUGCCUUAUUGAGCAAUGAGCAGU